AGGACUGAGAAGCGAUCUGGCUGAAGAUGGCAGCUGCAAGUGUAGUCACACAUCCUGGCAAGAGUAGCCUGGAUUACUACAGGAAUGACAGCAUGGUGCUGUCCCUGUGUGAAAACCCAGUGAACAGCACAGACUUCAUGUGUGACAAGAGGCAGGUCAGGCAGUUUGCUCAAGCCUUCCUGCCAGUGUUUUUCUGGCUCAUCUUCACUGUGGGCACAGUGGGGAACACCUUGGUUGUGCUUGUCUAUUGCAAACACCAUUUCAGGAAGAACAUGAUGGAUCGGUACAUGCUGCACCUGGCCAUCGCCGACCUCCUGCUCCUUUUCACCUUCCCCUUCUGGGCCAAGGCUGCUUCCGAUGGAUGGAUCUUUGAGGACUUCAUGUGCAAAGUUGUCAACAGCAUGUAUAAGAUCAACUUCUAUGGCUGCAGCUUGCUUCUAACCUGCAUCAGCUUUGAGAGGUACAUCACUAUAGUCCAAGCGAUGAAAGCUAAAACUUGUAAGCGAAGGUGGCUCCUGCGCAGCAGGCUCAUGUGCCUGGCAGUCUGGCUGACAUCUGUGAGCCUGUGCAUCCCAGAAAUCAUUUACAGCCAGAGCACACAGGUGGGAGACGUAACAGUUUGCAAAAUUAUGUACUCAUCAAAUGUCAGUGUGGUCUUCAGAGUUAUGGUCCUGGCCUUGAAAGUCAUCAUAGGAUUCUUCCUCCCUCUCUUUGUCAUGGUGAUUUGUUAUGCCCUUAUCAUCAACACCCUCCUACAAGCCAAAAGAUCCCAAAAGCAGAAGUCGCUGAGGAUCAUCAUCAUGAUUAUCACUGCUUUCCUCCUCUCCCAGUUCCCGUACAAUAUUGUUUUGCUGGUCGAAGCCAUCAACACCUACACCGGGGUGGUGCACAGUUGUCAGGCUGCCAACCAGCUGGACAUCGGGCUGCAGAUCACCCAGAGCAUUGCCUUCCUCCACAGCUGCCUCAACCCCUUCCUCUAUGUCUUUGCUGGCGAGCGGUUCAGGAUGGCGCUGGGCAGGAUGAUGCAAAGCUGUGGCUGCUGCUGGAGCAGGGGCCAGGAGCACUCCUCUGCCUGUGAUAGCCAGGAGAACAGCUCAAACUGGUCCUUUGCCAUGCUGGGGAGGCGGCGGGUCAGGAACUCCCUGAUCCUCAACACUCACUGGACCUCCUCUGUUACCUCCCCUCCUUGCAAAGUCAUACUGUAA